GCUCACCUGUCUCUCUUGUCCUUGGAUGACGACGAUGAGGAUGCCGAAGAACUCGCCGCAACGCCCAUCUUCACUCAGGCUGUUCGCGAAUAUGGCUCAUUUCUAAAAAAAGGGAAGAAGAAGCCGCCCACUCAAUACGGACUGCUUGCCGGUGUCAUUGAAGAUACAUCCGAAGCUCGCAGUAGUCCCAAAUUUGCCGCAGAUGACCCUAGACUGUUUUUCAACACGUCCGCUCCCUCGAGCGUAUUCAUCUGCGGCAGUCAGGGCUCUGGAAAGAGUCACACUUUGAGCUGCCUUUUGGAAAACUUUCUAAUGCAGUCAAAGGCAAACUUCUUGCCUCAUCCAUUGACGGGAAUCGUGUUUCAUUACGAUCCUUGGGUAUCUGCUUCUAGGCUCUCGCCUUGUGAAGCCGCCUAUCUGGCUUCUGGCAAAGGGAUCUCGGUGCGAGUGCUCUGUCCGCCAACAAACGUGAAGCAAAUUGAGAAGAUUUACUCGCAACUUCCGAACGUCCGAGUCGAGACUCUUCGGAUAAAUCAAUCGGAUCUGAACACGAAGAGAAUGAUGGACUUGAUGGCUGUUAGCUCCGUCCAGGGCGGCAUGCCAUUGUACAUGCAUGUAGUUCAGCGUAUUCUGAAAGAUUUGCGCAUCGAACAGCAGGAAAAGGAAACAACAUUCAAUUAUCGCGAGUUUAAACAGAGCUUGUUGGACGCCGCCCUGACUCCUGCCCAGCUCCAACCUCUCCAGCUACGACUUGAAACUCUAGAGAGCUUCAUGGUCAAGGAGCAAGUUGUUCAUAUUUCCAAAAAGAAAGCCAUACAAAGCCAAGGUAAAGGAACCGAUUGGGAGCCCAAAACCGGCCAACUCACCAUCGUCGACCUGUCCUGCCCGUGCGUGACAGAGGAGACUGCGUGUUCCCUAUUCAAUAUCUGCCUCAGUCUAUUCCUGGAGCAGAGUCCUCAAGUCGGCCGCGUGGUUGCUUUAGAUGAAGCGCACAAGUAUAUGACGGAUACAGCCGAAUGCCAAGUGCUGACGGAAGCACUUCUCUCCAAUAUUCGACUGCAACGCCAUUUAGGCCUUCGAGUCAUCAUAUCGACUCAAGAGCCCACAAUUUCCCCGAAACUUUUGGAUCUCUGCUCUGUGACUAUCGUGCAUCGAUUCACUUCGCCAGACUGGCUACAGAGCUUGAAUAAACACCUAGCUGGCGCAUCGGCCGCGCUACUGACCAGGAAUCAACACACCAGCAAUGGUGAUUCCAAUGGUGAUUCCAAUGGUGAUUCCAAUGGUGAUGGCAAAGUUGAAGGCGUUGCACGCCUCCGUAUCAAUCCCAAUGAGGUUGCAGCAGAGCUCUUCAGCAAGAUUGUUGCUCUGCGGCGCGGAGAAGCUCUCUUGUUUUGCCCAUCGGGUAUAGUUGGCAACUUGGCGGAUACGGAGGGGGAGAAGAGUGCAGGAAAAGCAAGGCCGCAGCUCAUCAAGCUGUCUUAUGGACACUUGAAGAUUCGGGUCCGGGGAAGGAUCACUCAGGAUGGAGGGCGAAGUAUUCUUGCC